UGCUCCAUGAAUACAGCCUACAAGGAGACUAGCCAAUAAAUCAUCGUCUGACACUCGUAUCAAAAGCAAUGGCUUCUUUCUACGCCGCCUCCGCCGCCGCCGCAGCCACCAGCACCGCCACCACUCGCCUUCUCCCUUCUGCCGCCAAUAGACUGACCCUCUCUUCCUCCAUCUCCCUCAAGUCCCUCCGAUUCUCCCCUGUCAUCUCCCACCUCUACGUCCGCAAGAAGACAACCCUGGGGCGAAUCUCGAGCGAGAGAUUAAGUUACGCGACUGUGACGUCACCAAUAUCAGCUGCUUCGAUCCCUGAACAGCUUAAAAGUGCAAGAGAGAACAUCAAAGAGCUACUCAAGACUACAUAUUGCCAUCCCAUUUUGGUCCGAUUGGGCUGGCAUGAUGCCGGUACUUAUAACAAGAAUAUUGAAGAAUGGCCAAAAAGAGGUGGUGCUAAUGGAAGUUUAAGAUUUGAGAUUGAAUUGAAACAUGCAGCCAAUGCUGGGCUGGUUAAUGCACUUAAACUUCUUCAGCCUAUCAAAGAAAAGUAUUCUGGUGUGACUUAUGCUGAUUUAUUCCAGUUGGCCAGUGCUACUGCCGUGGAGGAGGCUGGGGGUCCCAAAAUUCCAAUGAAGUAUGGAAGAGUUGAUGUCUCUGAACCUGAGCAAUGUCCUGAAGAGGGGAGGCUCCCCGAUGCUGGUCCCCCUUCACCAGCUACCCAUUUACGUGAGGUCUUCUACAGGAUGGGAUUGAAUGAUAAGGAAAUAGUUGUUCUAUCCGGUGCACAUACUUUGGGAAGAUCAAGGCCUGAGCGUAGUGGAUGGGGCAAGCCAGAAACAAAAUAUACGAAAGAAGGACCUGGAGCCCCUGGAGGUCAGUCAUGGACAGUGCAGUGGCUUAAGUUUGAUAACUCCUACUUUAAGGAUAUUAAAGAAAGAAGGGAUGCAGAUCUGUUAGUUUUACCUACAGAUGCUGUUCUUUUUGAAGAUCCUUCAUUCAAGGAAUAUGCCGAGAAAUAUGCUGCAGAUCAAGAUGCAUUUUUUAAAGAUUAUGCUGAAGCUCAUGCUAAACUUAGCAAUCUUGGAGCCAAAUUUGAGCCUCCCGAGGGUUUUUCGUUAGAUGACAGCUCCCCAUAAGCUCAACCAGAAAAGUUCGUGGCAGCCAAAUAGUCAACGGGAAAGGAUUAAAUUUCAAUAGGAGUAACUUCUUUUCAUGUACUACUGUUAUUUUAAUAACACAAGAUGGCGCUAUUACCAAAUCGUGUGAACUUCAUACCUAAAACUUUGUAGUCUUAAUGGAGGCAAAGAAUAAAUUUAAUGAGAGUUACCUAUUUGAAUUGUGGCGAGAGCUCUUGGACUCUGAAACAAAAGAUUCGAGCAGAGUAUGGAGGAUUUGGAGGAAGCCCGGAUAAGCUUCUCCAAUCGAACUAUUUUCCUAAAUAAUAUGAUUGUGAUUGCUGUUUUGGCAUACUUGACAUCCUUGGUUACGAACUAAGAUGUUUCUUGGCGUGAUAAUAUAGUACGGAAUUUACUUUUGCUUUCUUUUAAAUGUGUUGGGAGUGGAAGUUUGGUAUCUGAAACUAUGAUGUUGAGUGCAUUAUUACGCAUCUCAAACAAGAAUAUAAAAUGUGGUGUUGCUAUCUUUU